UCCAUUUUCACAGCUUAAAGCAAUUACUCCCUUUCUGGGAAAUGAGUCAUUAAUUGUUAAUGGUACUAGAAAACUGCUGGUUCAAUUUUAAUCAUCACCUGUUGCUGUUCAGCAUUUUGGCCUUCCUUCAGAAAAAAACAUGAGCUGGGGAUUCCUGCGAGACAUCCUAAGUGGAGUGAAUAAAUAUUCAACAGGGAUUGGCAGGAUCUGGUUGGCUAUUGUCUUUAUAUUCCGCUUGCUUGUCUAUGUUGUGGCAGCAGAACAUGUCUGGAAGGAUGAACAGAAGGAAUUCGAGUGCAACAUCAGGCAACCGGGUUGUGAAAACAUCUGCUUUGACCACUUCUUCCCCAUUUCCCAGAUCAGGCUUUGGGCCUUGCAACUGAUCAUGGUCUCCACCCCUUCUCUUUUAGUUGUUCUCCAUGUUGCCUAUCGAGAGAGCAGGGAAAAGCGACACAAAAUGAAACUAUACAAGACCCCAGGGAGCAUGGAUGGUGGAUUGUUGUGUACUUAUCUCAUCAGCCUCAUUUUCAAAACAGGAUUUGAAAUUGGUUUCCUGGUUUUGUUUUACAAGUUGUAUGGUGGAUUCAAUGUGCCACGCCUUGUGAAGUGUGACAUGAGGCCAUGUCCUAACACUGUAGAUUGCUAUAUCUCCAAGCCCACAGAGAAGAAAGUCUUCCUCUAUUUUGUGGUGGUGACUUCGUGCUUGUGCAUUGUAUUAAAUGUAAGUGAACUGAGCUAUUUGAUUUUCAAAUACACCAUAAAAUGUUACCUUGAGAGAUAUAACAAGAAAGUUCAAACCAUGAAAAGUGAAUGCCAGAAGCUGAAAUACGUUGAUCCCGCUGAAACAGCAAGUACAGCUCCGUUCCACAGCAAUGCUUCACCAGUGCUCGUCAAUAUGCCAGAUAAACCUGAAAGUAACUUACCUACUGAUUUGAGAGGAUAAAAAUAAUAUUGCCUGAUGUUAAAUAAACUGUUUGAAUUAUUCCUCUUACAUGAGUUCAAAGAAAUCCAUGAGUGGAUAAGGAGGAACUUUUAUUUCUAUCUAGAAAAUAGUGUAUUCUCUUUUUCUCUUAAAAAAAUUGUCAGAUUCCUGGGACUGGUUAGAAUAGAGGAGUGAAAAGGGGAUAUAAAGCCCUACGGAUUAGGUCACUCUGCCAGUUCAAAUCCAGCCCAGGACAAUAGGAGUAACUGAAAAGGGUUGACAACUUAUGGCUGCUAACUGUCCUAUGUGAUUAGGUCACUAUAUGAGUGAUGGGCUGAGCCUAGUUCUGUUUAUAUACUAAUAUUUGUACUAUUUUACAACAAUUAAACACAGCUGCUGGCAGACUGAUACCAAGGACGGACCUAGGUAGCUGUCUAUCUUAGCUACUUAAACAGCACUUAUUGCUGUAGUAGUUGAGCACCUCACAAUCUUUAAUGUAUUUAUAAUUUAUAAUGUAUUUACCUCCUGUGGGGGUAUUUCUGCAAUUUUUAUAGGUGGCAGAAACACAUGGGGAUAUUAAAUAGCUUGCCUAAGAUCAUACAGGAAGUCUGCAGCCACAGGAGGGAAUUGAUCUCAUGUUUCCCAUAUCCCUGACUAUCUCCAUAACCACUGGACCUUCCUUUCUCUCUACAGCUAUAGAGAUUGAAUAACUUUGUCAUCUAUUAAAGCCCUGUGUCUCAGGUUUGGGUUGAGGCACACUAGCUGGGCACCAUGGAUGGUGGUAAGAGGGUUUCAGAACAUGCUUCAAAAUUAUGGUCUUUUAAAGUUAACGUUAUAUAGUUAAACUAGAGGAGAGCUGAGUAUUCCAUGAAGCCUAUCAUUUUCCUGCUAACAGGUAGAAAGCGAGAGAAAUGAGGACAGGAAAAAUUCACUCUCUAUUGAAAUCAAUGGGAAAAGAUGACCAUCGGUCUUUUCAACUUUAAUUUCUAUGGUAAGCAUUUAUGGUUAUGCCUAGGUUCAACUGUUCCAAUUUGUGACUUAUUUCAAUCUUCAUUGAAUUCAAGAUUUAGUACAGUAUAUAUACAUUUAACUGCAGUAAGAUAGUAAAUCGGAGUAGUUAAGUCUUCCUUGCUAUAACAGAUUAAUAGUGCUUUUUCAAUUUUACAGUAGAUAUCAAACUGUGUGUUUUAAGAAGAGGAUCUAUGUGUCCACCCGUCUGUCCAACUUGCUAGGGAUUAGAACUGGUUGAAAUUGUUUGAAAAAUGUUCACAUUGAAAAAUGUACUUGUGCUGAAAUAGAAAUUUUUCAUGGGAAAAUGUGGAUUUUGACAAAAAUUUCAGCUAGAAAAUUCAUAAUAAAAAUAUUUGUUUUGAAUUGGCUUUUGAAAUAAACAUUGAUUUCAACAUAAAAUGUUUUUGUUUUCCAUCUUGGGAUCCCCCAAGCAUUCCCAUGUUAAGGCACUUACAACAUUAGGAAAAAACAUUCAUGAUGACUCUAUUCUCUUUUACAGAGGAAAAGAAUGUCCUCUGAAAAAGGAAGGUAGCCUGUGGUGAUACUCUGUAAAAGAGAAUAUAGUGGACCUUGCCUGCGUCAUCACUGGCUAACACAGACUAUGGUUUAUGUCUCUCCGAUAAAAAAAAUAUCCGGGGGGGG